AUGGAGUCAACUGCAGAUUUGAGCAACUACUUCUACUUCCAUACCCCUGGAAGAACUAAUCUGAAGCAAGGCAUACGAGCGUAUAAUUACGGUAUUGCAGACGUGCUCACCGAUACUCAGCUAGUUGCACUGACUCUGAACGAGAUCUGCGUUCUGCAAGGCAGAGGACAGUGUGCGAAGGGGUGGACCCAAGGCGAAAGAGACUUGUACUGGGAUAAGCGCCAAGUGGAGCGUCCUAUUAACAACGUGACUACACUGACGGGGUCCGUUGAAGUGGAGGUCUCUCGAGCCACAGGCUCCUGGCAGCCAAACCCAACAGCAACCUCGAUUACAGUCAAAGUCUUUCCUAUACCGAGCGACAACGAUACCGUACCAUACCAGGAGUAUACUGACGGCAACCUCAAUCUCUGUUAUCGAGAUGAUAAGGUGUAUUUAGACUGGCUAGGAUACUGGCAGCCUUACGCAGUGAAGACGGAGCAAAGCACCUUCGCGAGCACCACACAGACUUGGCAGCCUGGAAUUCUUACCCCAACGCCUCCAGCGCCUUCUUAUACUGUGCGUUGGCGAGACAUACCUGCGGAAUUACUGGCGCUUCGGCAGCUUCGAAACAACGAGGGGGUGGUUCACGCGCUGGGUCACGUCUCGAAUGGUAUGCCUCUUGGCCAGGCUUUACUGGGGUUAACUCAAUUGGGGUCUAAUGAUUGUUGA